CGGACGGAGCAGCCUGUAAUCUGGGCUGCAGCCGCCGCUGCUUCUCGGCACGCGGGCGCGCUCUGACCCUUUUCGGGCAGGCUUGCGGGCGCAUGCACGGUCGGCGUCCCAGGGCCUCGAACUCCAGGGCCUCCGCUGGGCAGGCCGCGCAUCGCCCACCCCUUCCCCCAGUGUGAGUCCGCCGGGACCCGGCCGCCGCCAAGCGCGGGCGCCACAGGAGCGGCGGCGCCAAAGCCGCGCCCCAGGCUCGGAAGAACAGCCCUGAGUGGCCGCCUCGUCCUCUGCAGCGGAGCGGCGGAUGUUCUUUUAAAGAAUUAUUGAAGACGAAGUUCUUUUUUAUUUUUGUUUUUUGUUUGUUUUUUAAUGGCUUUACAGAAUUUUAAAUUGAAUACAAUUUGACAUGACGGCAAAAAAUGUUGGUUUGACUUCUACAAAUGCAGAACUGAGAGGAUUUAUUGAUCAGAAUCUCAGUCCAACAAAAGGUAACAUUUCAUUUGUUGCAUUUCCAGUUUCCAGCACCAACUCACCAACAAAGAUUUUACCAAAAACCUUAGGACCAAUAAAUGUGAAUGUUGGACCCCAAAUGAUUAUAAGCACACCACAGAGACUAACCAGUUCAGGAAGUGUUCUGAUUGGGAGUCCAUAUACCCCUGCACCAGCAAUGGUUACUCAGACACACAUAGCAGAAGCUACUGGCUGGGUCCCAGGUGAUAGAAAACGAGCUAGAGAAUUUAUAGAUUCUGAUUUUUCAGAAAGUAAACGAAGCAAAAAAGGAGAUAAAAAUGGAAAAGGCUUGAGACAUUUUUCCAUGAAAGUGUGUGAGAAAGUUCAGCGGAAAGGUACAACAUCAUAUAAUGAAGUGGCUGAUGAGCUGGUAUCAGAGUUCACCAAUUCAAAUAACCAUUUGGCCGCUGAUUCGCAGGCUUAUGACCAGAAGAAUAUUAGGAGAAGAGUUUAUGAUGCUUUAAAUGUGCUAAUGGCAAUGAACAUAAUUUCAAAGGAAAAAAAAGAAAUCAAGUGGAUUGGCCUGCCUACCAAUUCUGCUCAGGAAUGUCAAAAUCUUGAGAUAGAGAAGCAGAGGAGGAUAGAACGGAUAAAGCAGAAGCGGGCCCAGCUCCAAGAACUUCUCCUGCAGCAAAUCGCUUUCAAAAACCUGGUUCAGAGAAAUCGGCAAAAUGAACAGCAGAACCAGGGCCCUCCAGCUCUGAACUCCACCAUUCAGCUGCCAUUUAUAAUCAUCAAUACAAGCAGGAAAACAGUCAUAGAUUGCAGCAUUUCCAGUGACAAGUUUGAAUAUCUUUUUAAUUUUGACAACACCUUUGAGAUCCAUGAUGACAUAGAAGUACUGAAGCGAAUGGGAAUGUCCUUUGGCCUGGAGUCAGGCAAAUGCUCUCUGGAGGAUCUGAAACUUGCUAAAUCGCUGGUGCCAAAGGCAUUAGAAGGUUAUAUCACAGAGAUCUCCACAGGACCUUCCUGGUUAAAUCAGGGACUACUUUUGAACUCUACUCAGUCAGUUUCAAAUUUAGACCUGACCGCUGGUGCCACCUUGUCCCAAUCAAGUGUAAACCAAGGGUUGUGCUUGGAUGCUGAAGUGGCCUUAGCAACUGGGCAGUUCCUUGCCCCAAACAGUCACCAGUCCAGCAGUGCGGCCUCUCACUGCUCUGAGUCGCGAGGCGAGACCCCCUGUUCGUUCAACGACGACGACGAGGAAGAUGACGAGGAGGAUUCCUCCUCCCCAGAAUAAAGACAGGAGAAAACCCACGUUUUAAUAUUUGAUGCUCAUGUGUGUUUUUAGUGUGAGCUCUUGUUUUUGAAAUGAUUGCUUCAGUCUUUGCCUUUGUUUGCACUGUGUGUUCAGUGAAAACUAGGGAAACACAAUAAGCAGAUUACCUGAAGGCUGAGAUGAUUGAGAUGAAAGUUAGCGUGAAUGAAAACUCUGAACGACAGAGCCCUGGAUCACACCGCAAACAAAGCGGUUUUCUGAGGUGAUAGAGGGGACAGCCCCUAAAGAAUUGGCAGCAUGAAUGAAGCUCAUUUAUCCUCCACGAGGUGGGAUCUUUGUGUUCCCCCACACCCACGUAACCCUCCUUAGAAUCAAGGUUGCUGUAGUGAGCGGCCCGUGACAUCAUGUUUGUCUGUCUCUCUUCCUCUGCUGGGCUGCUUUUUACAAGCAGGAGUGACCAUGAAAGGAUCCCAGGGGGAUGAGUUGUACAGUGAGGGACGUAGUCGGCAAUCCUUGAGGUCUAAGGAGCACAGAUUGAACUGCUGAACUAGUUGAAAGUCUAGUUGAGGUGCUUGACGUAUCAGCUGCCUUAGACGGCUUCUAGAAAGGAGCAAGCGCUAAUUCUUAAGUACUUAAGUGACAUUUAGAAAAAUGUAUAGUAAAACUGAAAUGAUCAUUAUUAGCCAAUGCAUUGGUGCAUAGAAUUUUCUAGGGCUACUUCUGGAAGCCAAAAUAGAAUAGCAUUUCCACGUGCAUUAAAUACUUCGCCAGCACUGCCUUUGCCAGCAUUCUAAAUCUGGAGUUUUACAGAGAAGGAAAUUGUAUCUCUAGUUUUAAUCAAAGCUAUGCAUUUCAUAUAGCUUUUCCAUUUAAAACAAAACAAAGAAACAAAUUCCUAAGACCGAACUGCUUGCUUGGAGUUCCCUACAGUACUUGUAUGAUUUCACUCAGUGUGCAAUUUGUGAAAAUGAACCAAAUGUCAUUACUUUUGUCUUAAAAGCCUAUUUCAAGAAUAUGGACAGCAAUGUUUUCCUGUACAUGUCACCUUUUGUACAUUUUCGUUAAUCAAAAUUACCGUAUUGGGUUUAUGCCUGGCUAAAUUGCAUUUCAAACUAACCCGAUAUUCAGUGUUUCACAGAAACAGGGAAAAAUAUUGACCACUCCAAACGAUUGGAUCUGUUUCAUAUCGUGCGGUAUACAGUAUGUUGUUUCCUAGCCAAAGACGCCACCGGGAGCACUGCACUGGUGUGUUCACAGUCCCUUCUCCUCCGAACAGGGGAGCGUGGGGACAUCUGUCAGCAUGGCCAAACCCCGAUCUAAUUUCACAGUAAGGCCUUGAGAAGGAGCAAAUAAUAAUGGAAGAUAUCUCUUUGACUCGAAUCAUUUGGAUUUGCCUCUAGAUUAACCUAGCACCUUUGGGCCCAGCACUAACCUGGUCCCAGAUCAGUGCUUUUCUAAAUCCAUGGGGGAAGUACAGAUGCCUUCUGAUGCCUUUUUAAAGUUCUUCCACUCUGCUUCCAGUGAGCCGGAGGUGAAAGAUUUGGCUGACCUAAAAUUUUUACUAAGGCCGUGAAAACGAAUACACAAGAACACACAACUUUAACGUAAGUUCCUUUGAGACAACACUCCUUCUGUCAGAAAGAAGCCAUAGUGCAGACUCGGAGUGGUCAAGGGGGCAGGGAGGUUGAGGCAGUUCUUAGAGAAUUCUGUCUCAGCCCAAGUUCUGGGGCACACCUCUGAGGCUGGGGGGAUGGCAGGAGUCUGAAAGACCGCAGAGGCUGCAGCGGGGCCCUGAGGGCUUCCAAGACAUUUCUGACUUGAAGAUCAUCAGCUACACAGUUGAGUAAAACUGAGUUUCCUCCCAAACUGCCACCUCCUUUACUAACUCCAGCCUUCACCACCCACAUCCCUGUACUUGAGGGGGGCCCAGCAGGGACCUGGAGAGGCCAAGGGCCACAGCUGGCUCUUUAGUCUUCAGAAUAUCUUUUACAGGUUCCAAGACCUGAACGUCAGCAUUUGUGCCAGGUACAUUAACCAUUACCAUUCCUCCACCAAAUAGCAGAAUCCUUGCUGGAGCUCUUGGGACACCAUCCCUUUCUCUAUUCUCUCUCUCUCUCUCUCUCUCUCUGCUGCUAUAGUGUUGUAAACUGAUAAAAUACAGAUUUGUUUUUUUAAAAGCAACCAAAGACUCUUAACAUAAUUGGUGCCCCAUCACUGGCCCUCUCAGCCAUAUGCGUGUGCUGUUUGGUGGGAAAUGGUCUCUGUCCCUCAGUAAUGUGUUUGGCUUACUGCUGAGGACACCUGUUGGAGUCACACUGUGGCCACCAGCACAUGUUGCUGGUAUAAAACCUUAUCUGAGCGGAAGACUAAGCGGAGAUGUUUAGAAAGAUGAAUUCUUUUAUUCUUACGUAUCUCCCCUAAAGAGAUUUUUUAAAAGCUCACCACUCAGUCACAAUUCCAUAUGGAAGUCAAAGUAACAAAAUGUUAGGAAAUUAUGGCUACAACAUCCAGGAUUCUUCACAGGCAUAGCCUGUGCGAUUACCUGCACACACGCAUGUACACGUGAGUGCGCACACACAGACACUGCUCCCAGAAGGUGCUGGUCCCACUCUGCUUUCCGGGGAGUUCGAGAGGCCUUUUUCCUCCUCAAGGGUCAGUACAGCUGUGACCCUUCCAAGUGCGUCGUGUCAGCCGGUCAGUAAAUUCAUGCUCCCUUUAGCACGUGCACAGGGGGCACCAGACCUGCCACGGCCACCCCGCACGCACGCGGGGAGGGCACCCAGGCACCUGCCCGAGCUUCCCUUCGCCCUCCCCCCACCGUGAAUCUGUCUCAUCUACUUCAUCCUUCCCUGUGCUGACAAGGGGAUGAGAACAGCCCUAGUAAGUGCUGACGUGAAUUGUGCCUUAUGACCACGGAGGACGCUGUGGCGCGGGCAGGAAAGGGGGUGCUGACACAGUGACUCCUCACCUCGGCUGUGCGCACUGGCCCUGGGCAACAUGACAGAUGAUGACCACAUGUUUGGUUUCCCACAAUUUAAUUCUUUAUAGAAAUGGUGGGGAGUUUCUGCCAUUUUAGCAGGAUGAAAGAGGAGAACCCCUCGUGGGCAAAAUUUCCCUGCCAUACUUGAAAAAUAAAGCCAGGGUCAGCCCUCAAAUGCAAGUUAGCUCCUACCAGAUCAUUAAGAUGGAGAUGUUUCACAAAGGCGUGGCUCCCUUUAGCCAUGCAGACAUCUGUCACUCGUGUUUGUUAAACCACAACUCUUGGCUGCUUGGGUCACAGAGACAGCAAAGUUGCUCCAGGUAUAGAUGUAACUUGGGCCCUGGGACAGUCAGAACAUAGUGGCGUUGGGUGUUCUUGGGGGCAGGGUUACAAAGGAAGGGAGCUGCCAAAGCUGUUUCUCUCAUAACCACACUCAGAGAGUUGGGGUGGGGGGGGCAGGUUGCCUGUUUAACUUGAUCAGUGGUUCACUUUAAGGGCCCUUUAAAUACCUAUCCAGCUCCCUAUCCUCAGGCAUAUGAAAGAAGUUUGUCUCCCCAACAAAUCUGGGAUGUAGGUAUUAAGAUUGUACCUCCUUAGUGGUAAGUACGGGGUGGGUGUUGGACAGUGAAUGUGAAGAUUUAAUCCUCCAGUAGGUAUUUGAGUGAAUACAGAACAGAAAACAUUGAGAAUGACCAGUGCUAAGGGAAAAAAACAACAGGGUAAUAAGACAGUGGGGGGAAAGGCAACUUUGGCUAGAGUGGCCAGGGAAGGCCCCCCCUGAGAAAGUGACAUUUGUCCUGGGUCAGACAAUUGAAAGACUUGCCAUACCACUCUGUCCCAUAACAUGCACUUGGAAUUGCUACUAAAUUCUAGUUUUAAGCAUACAUUUUGGAGUUUGUUAAGGAAUUUUUAAGAUUUAAAAGAAAAAUUUAGCUACCAGCAGUAUCCAUAAACCUAACUAACCCAUGACAUUCUCAUUAUUAGCUUCAUCACCUUGCAAUGGAACCUAUACCAUAGAAAAGUAAUCACUUUUCUAGGUGUUUUCUUCUAGUUUUUCAACUGGUUGGAUACAUAAAAAUCUACUUUUUAUAUUAGAUACAUAAAAGAUAGUCUUUUACUCUACAUGUGGAUUGGCCUUAGUGGAGCUAAAGACUCCCCCAGGAUAUUUUCACAAAUAGGCUCCCCAUUUUCAGGACCCAUGGCAGCGGUCCCUAGGCACUGCCGAUCAUAAAUGUGUAUUUAUGGAAGACACAGGUGUGUGCCAGGGGCCUGCACCGGGCCAUCUGCCUCAGGAGUGUGCCUCCCUGCCCUUCAAAUCACAGUCGGCACAAUGUUCAGUUAGUUUAACCUUCAGGGAAACCACAUUAUUACUCAAAAGGGAAAAGCCUGAUGUUUGCUUAAGAUCUUACCUUUUUAAGAAAAAUUUAAACACCCACAUAAAUAAUAACAUUUCUCAGGAAUUAGCCUCUUCAAGGUAUCUCUGAACAGUUACGCUUAUGUAACCUUUGAGAUCCAGUUCCCCCACAUACAUCUACAUUCACACUAUGCUAAAGAAGAAAAAGUGGAGGACAUGAAACUUCGACCCUCCAGUUAUGCCCUGGGCAUCUCUGACAAGUAUGGAAGCUUGAAUGGUAGCAGAUGGCCAUGCAUGAUAGUACUGGAGACAGCAGAAAGUGCAUUCGUUUUUUUAUGUGCGUUCUGCACAGCUGUUCUCUCAGUCAAGGUAAAAUCCUGUGUCAUUCUUAUACAAACUUUGCUUUAUAAAAAGGGCUCUAGAAUCCAAUGCUAUCUUGACCCUUGCUAUUCCAGCAGACUGGACUUCGGGCCUCCCUGCUUAGAGCUGCUUUGGAAGCCAGUGUAGAUGAAAUAGGGGCAGGACUCACCCUUUCUCCACCAAGGGUCUCAGAAUGGAAGGGACCAUCUCUUCUGCCCCAUUCAUUGAGAAACAAGCCAAGAGCCUGACCUGUCUAACAUCCCUUGGCCUGUCUGGCAGAGUCUGCACCACAACUCAGAACUUCUUCCUCCUGUGAGGGCCACAUGGCCUCCUGAAAAACCACACCCUCACCAUAGUCCUUCUAAACCGCUUUGAAUAAAUAUCAGUUCUCUGUCGCACCAAGUGCUUCACAGCCGAGGAGCAGAAGUGGGACUCCACUCGUGAGUCCCCAACAUGAGACUGUGGUGUCAGCUUUGGGCCUCUUUCAACCUGGAAGACCCCAGGUUUAGACCUCACACCUGGGAAGAAACUCAUUCCUCCGUGAGCAAAGACCGUCCUGCAUGUUGGUCAUUGGCAGCAGGCUUGAGAGGUGGGGUUAUCAGUGGAUCCUUCUGUACCACAUUAGCUUGUUUCUGUCCAUGUCUGUCUCAACAAGGAAACUCCCCCAGAUCAUGUUUGCGGGUGAAAACCCUUUGUCACUUCAAACUCACCAUGUUAUCACUAAUCAUACACCAUCUUCCACAUGCCAGGCACCACCUAGUAACAAAUGGCCUGAUGUUUUAUUUUGCUUGUUCAUGACUGGGGUCAGUGUUUUUUUUCAUACUACAGUUUGGAGACCCAGAUACUUUUGUGCUAGAAGACUUCUCUGAGCACACUGCAGUUCUGUUCCUCCUAGUAGCACGAUGGCAGUUUCCACCUUUUGUUAGCAACUGGCCAACCGCAUUGGCCAGCCACUCCGCAGGCCUGAGCUCAGAGGACCGUGGUUUGGUACUGUGAGUUCCUUGAGCUGUUUUGUUUACCACCACCACACUUGACUUUGAGACAAAAGAGAGGCUGUGAGCCCAAAUCACAAGUUUGUUAACCUUUUCCUUUGGAGAUGCUUUAUUCUGAUCAUGUGCUGUUGGGUUUUAUUUCCAGAAAAUAUAGGUCUGCUUUUUUCUGCAUGAAGGAAACAUUGUGGUGCCACAUGCUUUAAGCAGUUUAAACAAGAGAAGUAAGGGGAAGAUGCAGACACCACAUCUGACUUGCCUAAUGUAGACUUGACUAGAUCGAAGUACCUAACCUAAUAUGAUGUAUUAUUUUAUAGCAUCUCAAACUUUGUAAAUAAAUACCGUUAUUUUUAUAUGGAAAUUUUAUAGAAGAGCUAUUUCUGUAUACUUAAUUAUACCUGGAUUUCCUGAGAUUGCUUCCAAUAGAUAACAGACAAGUCCUAAGCAGUGUUCCUCUAAGGAUGGUUCACGGACCACCUGCAGCAGAAUUACGGAGCAGAGUUUUAAAAUGUUGCAUCCCUAGGACCCACCCCAGACACUCCAAAGCUCUGGCAGUGGGCCCCGGGAAGUUGUAUUUUUAAUAAACUCUGAGUGAUGGUUUUUGUCCAUUAAAGUGUAUCUUUAUCCAUCCUGUAAGCUUAAAAGAAGGAAAGAAAAAACAUCUGAGAUGAGUGUUAAGUUGUGCUUGAGAAAAAAAUGGAUCAGACUAUUCUAUGAUUUGAAUGAGAUGUACUAUAGAAAAAAUAAAUAAUUUAAAUAA